UGUAAGAAUAAUUUAGGUGCUGACACUCGCCGCUCCCCGUAGAGAGAACGCGCGGGCAGAUUGUGUUCGCAGAUGACCUUGAAUCGGCGGUAGUUUUCGCCGCAAGGGUACAGAUGGCGCUGUAGUAUGGGAGCCCAGGGGCCCGCGCUGCCCGCUCGGGUGCGUUCAGAAAUUUUCACGCCACGCGCGGGGUGAAUACACGUGGUAUAGGUGCAGAAGUGUACUUGCUGAAACUCGUGUGUGUGUGUGUGUGUGUGUGAAGGCUUCUCCGGAUUCUCGAAAAGUGUUUGGUUGUGCCUGUCAGUCCUGUGAGUGCAUUGUUCGGCUGAUUGGUAUUCUGCUGGGAUUCACUCAACGUAUACCACGCCGCGUCAUGUGACGCCGAGUGCAAUUAGUUGCGCUCAGGCUUGCUGCGCUUCAAAAUGGGCAAGAAGUGCUUUGUACCGAAUUGCAAGUCGGGGUAUCGGACAUGCACGGAGCGUGUGUCGCUUUUCAAGGCUCCGCGUGAACCCGAACGUUUAGAAAAGUGGCGACGGGCGAUUCCGAGAGCAGACAGAGUUUUGCAGCCUACCGACCACGUGUGCGCGAAGCACUUCCCGAAUGAAGUGAUCUCUGCAACAUAUCACGCGGAAUACAAGGGGAACGUCCUUCUGCACGCACAAAAAAAGCCGGUGCUCUCACCCGACGCUGUGCCUAGCAUUUUCCCGAAUUGCCCAGGAUACUUGACUGUGCAGCAAAAAACGAGAAAACCUCCGCGGAAACGGCAGGCUCUGCCGCCGACUUCUCAGAAGCCUAAGAAGCAAGGACAGCCAGAAGCGUCGAAUGCUUCUGAAGAGCUACACCUGGCCGUUGAAAAUACACCAAGUUUAUUGCUGGUUGACACAACGAGUUCAAAAUAUUCUGAUGCCGAAUCAACAGACGCGCCUUGUAAGAGGCCACGCUUGGAUUUCAGCAGCGUCGCGCCCCCUCCACGUGAAGAAAAGGAUCCUUUUCAACACGAUACUGACACAUUGAGUGGCACAUGCACUGCCGACGCACCUAGUCACACAGCUGAAAAGCAACAAGUUUCUUCCUCAUCUCAAAAAACUACGGAGCAAGAGAGAAGUCAUGGACCAACGCAAGAGCAGCGACCCACCGAGUCCCUGUUCCUCCAGGACGGAGGACAGCAAAUGACAAUUUCCGCUCUGUGA